GUAAAGAGUAAGGUACCUGUUUUAAGGUUGUUUACCAGAAGGUUAGUUAAAUGUAUAUAGCUCCAGGGUGUAGUUUAGAUAUGCAUCCAAAGGUGCCUGCUAGCUACAACUUGUCCGAUUGCCAUGUUAGAUUUCAUAACAUUCACAGCCUGAGGGGCACCACAGAUUUGCAUAUAACUUUGGAUCCUGUACAAACUAGGCCCUGAAAGGUUAAAAUCGUCAAUUAAAUCCUUAGUAUAUCCAGUGACACACACUUUUUGGUAUUUUUCCAAUUCCGUCUCAAUGUUAAAGUGACAUAGAAAUAGCAAUAACACCGAUAAAGGCCUAACACUGACAUAUGAGAACGGGAGGAGUUUCUCUCUGUCUUUAGGGUGCCACGCAACUAGAAGAAGCUAGUAAAUCAGUGGCUUGUUCCUUUGCAUCUGACAGUCAUGGAAGCUGAACGAUACAGGUGAAUCACAGUAAAGGAACGAGGGAAGCGGGAAUGAGGAGAUUUUUCAGAGCGCAUAGCUACAGCGAUGAAGACAACAGUCAGAUCCAGUACCUGACGGCUAAGUGUAACCGUCUGACACAUGAAAAAGUGCUGGAGAGGGAAUGCAUGGGGGCCAGGGAGAGAGAGAGGAGCCUGCAGAAUGAGCUGGAGGCUCUGUCCACACAGCUCUGCCAACAGGAGCAGGUCAACAUAGAUUUGAUGUUCAAACAUGAUCAAAUGCUCGGCAGGGUCCAUCAUGAACAGCAACGGGUACAUCUUGUGGUGGAGGAGAGCUUCAGAGAUGCUGCACUGCUGGGCCUACAGCUGGAACAGGUCAACUCGGAGCUACUGCACCUGCAAAGUUCUGAGGUGCAGCUGGAAGGCCUGGUGGAAGAGCUGCACACGGAGGACCUGCAGAGAGCUGCAUUGACAGAGGACCUUCAGGUGCAGCUGCACAGUAAGGUAUUGGAGUUGGAAGAGCUUCAGUGCUGCUACGCUGCCAACACCCAGGAGCUGGAGGAGCUGCGUAGCGCCAACCAGAGGAAGGUGCAGGGACUGCAGCGGGAGAACGAGUGCAGCCUGAAGAAGCUCCAGGAGACGGCCGAGCAGUUUGAGUGGCUGUGUGAACAGCAGCGCUACUGGAUGUGCUGUGUCAAGAGAUUCAAAGACUGCCUGUCAGAGGAGAAGGACUCUCUGGUGCAGCAGGUGAAACGGUUGGAGAAGGAGGUAGCAGAGCUGAGGAAGAGCUCAGAGAGCACCACCCAGAUGCUGUGCUGCCCCCUAGAGGACACAGUCAGCCAGCACUGUGACAGAAUGCCCUCUUGGGAAUCCGGUAAGAUGGCUGACCUGCAAACCCAGGUGGACAAAUGGAGAAAGCUGUAUGAGGACCUCUUCAGCCAGUUCACACCCCACCAAGGGGGGCACGUUGUCGACGGAUACCAAAAACCUCCUUGAGGUCAGAAGACCAUGAAAUCCAUCUAUUUUUCUUCAACCCAGUGGAGGCACUCCUAACUUUUGGCUGUUUGUCUCGCUACUCAACUGUUGCUGAGAACCAUACAACCUCACCGUUCUGUUGUUGUCAUUGUUUAAAUGUCUUGAAACCACUGCAUGACCAUGACUGUACUGGAGUGUGAUAUGCCACUUUGUUACAGUCUUUUGGUAUGAGUAUUACAGUGUUCUCCUAUUUGGACACUUUCCUGUCAUUGUCUAUUUUCAGACACACUGGUGGAACAUAGUAAAUCAACAAGUAAAAACACCUGA